AUGCCGUCGGCAUCGCUGCCCCCCGUUCAAGCUGCUCCACCACCUCACCACACAGACGACGAUGAAGCCACGCCGGGGGCCGACCCGCUAGGACCCAGAUGGGGCCCGCGGGCCCCAAUCUGGGCCGGGGGCGCGUCUCUGGCCAACCAGUGCCACCACGUCGUCUCGCCGCCAAGGGGUUGCGCCACCAUCGAGCGAGCCGCCGGCCACCGCACCGGGAGGCCGGGCCGUCAUCAGGCCGAAGGGCACCGCCGCCGCCUCCAUGCCCUGGGCAGGGAGCCCCGCGCGCGGGGACAGGCAGGCCCCGCCGCCGCCAACACCACCCGGCCCGCGCCGCUCCCCCACCGCUCCUUCCCGGCGCCCACCCACGCCUGGUCCGGCCGCAUCUGGGCGCGCACCAGCUGCGUGCCCACCGGCGGGGCUGGGCAGCUCUGCUGCGCCACGGGCGACUACGGCGGGUGGCUCCAUUGCGGGGGCCUUGGCGGCGUGGCGCCCGCCACGCUGGCACGGGUCUCCCUCCACCACGGCGGCGACGACCAGUCGUCCUAUGGGGUGAGCGUGGUGGACGGCUUCAACAUGGGCAUGUCAGUGACCCCGCAUGAGGGCCGCGGUAACUGCCCCGUCCUCGCCUGCCGCAAGGACCUGACGCAGACCUGCCCCGGCGAGCUGCAGGUGCGCACGGCGGCGGGCGGCGGCGUUGCCGCGUGCAAGAGCGGCUGCCUGGCGUUCGGAACCGACGAGCUGUGCUGCCACAACGCGUACAAUAGCCCGGCCACCUGCCGCCCCUCCAAGUACUCGGACUUCUUCAAGAGCGAGUGCCCGCAGGCCUUCACCUACGCCCACGACAACCCCUCCCUCACCCACCAGUGCUCCGCGUCGUGCGAGCUCAAGGUCAUCUUCUGCCACUAG